UGCUGCAAAUCUAACACAAACCACACCUCUGUAAAUCCAGUAUAUAAUAAUCUCACACUGUCCAUCUGACACCCUUCAUCUGGAUCAUGGCACUGCAAAUCAUCAGCGUGCUUCUUUUCACUGUGUUUUUCUCUGAAGCACUGACACUGGUGUGUUACAACUGUACCACGACAGGUUCUUCUGAAACAUGCACACAAAAUGCCACCUGUCCUUCAAACUUCACUCAGUGCAGUUACAUUAGCACAAACAGUAGCAUUGGCCAGAAGUCUUGUGCAGCCUCGUGUGAUAAUUGGAGCAUACAUUCUGAAGUGUUCAAGAUGUCCUCCCAGUGCUGUCCUACAGAUCUCUGCAACAAAUCCCCAGCUGCAGAUAAUGAACUGACGUGUUACACCUGCAGUGACACAAACUGCUCAAAAACACUGAAAUGUAAAGGUGAUGAGAAUCGGUGCAUCACUGCAACAGUUGGAUUUAGUGGCACGAACUCCAAUGUCAAAGGAUGUGCAAGUCAAAACAUCUGUAACAACAGUGCACUAGUGAACCUUGCACUUUCCCAAGGCCUCAUCGUGUCUUCUGUUUCAUGUUGUGGAGCAAACCUGUGUAAUAAUGCCCAGAGUACAGCACAGGGACUGUUUCUGCUGGUACCAAUACUUUCCCUCCUUUUUUCCAUCUGAGAUCCGGUUUAGGAGGUUUUCUUUUGGUUAUAUUAGUAUUUGGAUGCUCAGUUUUGUCAAUGUAAAGCAGUUAUAAGCUUUUCUGAUUAAUUAAGAGGAAUUUAUUUGUUAAAAUGACCGUCUGUCUGGUAAGUGUGCUGUUGUAUUUCUAAUCAUGAAUCUAAUGAAUCUCUCAUGAAAGUAAAAUAAAGAUUAAGAUUACUUUAUUAGCAGUCUUAUUAAACACUAAAAUGUGAAUGAUCAAUGUUCUUGUCAAUGCGCAGAAUAAUUAGAAAGAGCAUUUCAAGCAGUACUUCUAUGUUGAUAAGGUAAUGAUUGUCAAGUCGAGUAUUCAAGCCCAUUCACAAUAUAAUAUAAUAUAAUAUAAUAUAAUAUACAGACUAAAUGCAUGUUUGAGCUGUUUUAACUGAAAGCCGCUUGAAUUGACAUGUCUUAAAAUAUGUUUGUGCCAUUGUUUUGUCUCAAGAUGCACACCAAUAAUGUUUUUUUCCCCUUAAGGCAGGGGUUCCCAAACUUUUCAGCCCACGACCCCCAAAAUAACGAUGACAGUGACUCGCGACCCCCACUAUCCUCGGAGGUGGUUAAUGAGUUGUGCACAAAGGCGCACACGCACUAACGCAUGUUUCACACAUAGGCCUACUCUGUUUGCAGUGCGCAUUUUUUUCUGUGCCCAUAUUAACGGAUUUCACACUGCACGCGGAUGCGGUCCGGCAGUGCGUUCCAGGAGCGGUGCGUCUGCAGCAGUGCAGCGAUCAUUUACGCGCCGAGUCUAUUUUUGCUGUGCUGCACAGCGCUGAAUUAAAACGACAGCGCACUGUUCGCAUUAAAAUAAACAUGUAUUGACACGAAAAAACUAGUAAUUUCACCAUAGAUUCAUAUAGUUCAAAGUCUCUGUUACACAGUUUAAACACGGCAUUUUUGCCUCGGGUAAAGCAAGGAAAAUAACACCUUACCAGGCAUUUAGGUGAACAAGGAGACAUAAACAAUAGCACUCGUCUCUUCGUGAAGGUGGAAAAACAGUUCUUUAUGACCUGAGGGAUUUAUUGUAAAAAGAUUUAAAAGGAAAGAAAAGACGAGAGUCGCCUGUUUUUGUCUAUUUUAAGUUUUUAAAAAAAAAAACGUUUUUGAUUUUAACAUAAAGCUUACGUUAAAAUGUUUUGCCACUUGCGUGAGCAAUAUAUAAAUCUAAAGUAUUACUUCAGAUAAAUAUAAAGUAUGAUAUGAAUAAACGUUUAAAUAUAGUGCGUUUAAACGUGACAUCUAUGAAAUAUAGUGUAGGCCUAUACAAAGAGAAUCGCUGUGCUGACAAGCCAUAUUCAGUAACAACUUUUGGAUUUGAAAUAAAAAUAAGUAAAUGUUGUGUUUGUGAUACACAGCCAUGGAGCAGUUGCGCACUGCAAACGCGGCAUAUGUGAAGCGCGUGCUUCUCCGCUCUCCUCCGCCGGCCUCCCUGCGUUGUCUUUUUUGAUCGAUAUUAACCAACGUUUCAUUUCGACACAUGUCUGAAUGUUUAACAUGUUGCAGUAAACUGACCUGCUGCAGCUGAUGCUGUUGCUACUAUGUCAUUAAUCUGUCGUAGUCACCUCAGGAGUCACGGCCGAGGAAAGGAAACUCGAAAGGUUGAUGGCUUUUUUUUUAUUUGCAUGGUUUUUGUUUUUAAUUUAACUACUAUUUUUAGUAUUUUGUGACAAUUAUUGAUAGAAUAUACUCUUUCUAAUCGUUUAAUUAUUAUUAUUAUUAUUAUUUUUAUUUUUUUUAUUUCUGUAAAUCAUCUCGCGACCCCUCCCUCACUGUCUCGCGACCCCGACUUUGGGAACCACUGCCUUAAGGGGGAAAAAAAUACUUAAAUGUCUUAAUUGAACUAAGGCUUAUUUCUGGCUUAAUCUAAGCCCACCUGUGAAUCCAGGCCUAUAUGAGUCAAAUUAACUUUUAUAAUUUAAGAAAAAUAUGGCAUUAUGGUAUAACAUUGGGAGAACAAAAAGGUUAUAAAUAUGUUUAAAUAAGUUUUUCAUUAAAUCAGAUAUCUAAACUAAAGUUAAAGUAAAACUACAAACACAAGGAAAUGUUGACAUUGACCAUUUGCAUCUUUGGUGCUAUAAUAUUAUGUGGUUUACAAUUUGAAAAGGCAGUUGGGACAUUUUGUGGGUUAAGACAGUGACAAACAAUAUUUUAAUAUUUGUAAUCAAGCACAAAAUACCCUCUGCAUGUUUGACUAUAAAGUACAUAUCACCAAAAAAAAAAAAAAAAAAAAAAAAAAAAAAAGUAGAUGCACUUAAAUACAAACACAAACAUGAGAAAUUAAUCCACAUUAGACAAUAUGUUUUCAAGCUCUUCAUCAAUGUUGACUCCUGCCUGGCACACAUAUUUCUACACAUAUGAUUCCAUAGAAAUAUGCAUUGCUGAAGAGUUACUCUGUUAUAAGUGUUGAAUUCAUUCACUUUUGUGUCUAAUCCUUGCCAAAAUGCUGUUUUUAUUCUCUUGAAAAUGAUUAACAUUGUGACCUAUAGUCACUAGUAUAAGAUUCACAUCAGCAAUUUAACGAUUUAAGAUUUAAAUUUGGUAUUGUCAAGUAGCCACUAGACUUUAUGUAGAUUACAAUGUAUCUGUUUAUUUGAUGAUUUUGGCAAAGUUUGAAUUAGAUUAAAUUGAGUUUAUCCAAGUUUGCCUUUUGAGGUUUGUACAGCUCAGUUGUGUGUUCUCACAACCACUACUGACUGAAACAUUACACUAUUUGGACGGUGUGUGAGAUUUAUUUAUUAUAUUUUAUGAUUGGCUUAUGAAUAUUAAUUAGAUCACGUGACUGGAAGGUUGCCAAGGAACCAGCUCUAUCCGUCCACAUAUGGAAAAUGCAAUUGCAAAUACAAUUUCUUUUGAAAAUAGUCUAGAAUAUCCUUCUAUAGUCAAGUAUAGCCACUAGAAUGUAGAUUAGAUUACAAUAGUGUUCAUUAAGUUACAAACUUAGAGGUUGCUCUGAAAACCUCACUCAUCAAGUAAAAAUUCAUGGUCAUAUUGUUUUUAAUAAAUCACUGAUUGCAAUGAA